AUGCUAUCCCUAAACCUGGGCUCGAUCUCAACAGACGCAGCAACUUUAUAUUUGCAUAGACAACGGGGAGGGUUGUUCUACUGGGCUGAACUGAUCGGUGCUGUGGGACAUUUGUGUAUUGUGCCGUUUGUUGCGGGACAUUUACAGCGGAUUGUUGAUGCGGAUAAGAAGACUGAGGCGACGGGGAAUAUAGCGCUGUGGAUAAGUGUUCAUCGGGUCCGAAUGCUUGCGCUGUGGUUGUCUUGA